AGUCUUGGGGAGCUCCGGCUGCGUUACUGACCUGAGAGCUGACCGGCUGGGAUCAUGGGGUGCUGCCCUGGGGACUGCUUCACCUGCUGCACUCAGGAGCAAAACUGCUGUGAAGAGUGCUGCUGUCAGCCGGCCUGCUGCGGCUGUUGCGGCUCCUGCUGUGGCUGUGGGGGCUCUGGCUGCGGGGGCUCUGGCUGCGGGGGCAGCUGCUGUGGAUCGUCCUGCUGUGGAUCUGGCUGUGGGGGUGGAGGCUGCGGAGGCUGCGGAGGUGGCUGCUGCGGGUCCGGUUGUUGUGGGUCCAGCUGCUGCGGGUGCUGUGCACCUGUGUGCUGCCAGCCCACACCUGUGUGCGACACAAAAUGAAGACCUCUCCUUCCACCACCGAUGCGGUCCCACCAAAAGCCUCCAUCUGCUCCAGGGGGACAGCCCCUUCUGUCCAGAACCUUCCAUGCCCUCAAGACCGUGUCUUGCCUUUUGUGUGAUUUGUAGAGGAGGGCUUGCUCUCCAAUGCCUGCCCUGGUCUUUCGAGGCACUGAGAACAAAAGCCAUACUCUGAUGAGACAUUAACUCUGGGUCACAACAAAGUGAUCCCUAAGCUCAAGGGUGAAUCCCCAUGACUUUAUUUAUUCACAUGAAGUUCAGUGUCUUGUACUAUAAGGCAUCUUCUUCUUCAAGGUGUCUUUGGGACCUAUCCUCUGCCCUGGCUUUCUGCUGCCUUUGAGAUGCAAAAAAGCCCACCUUCUUUGUGAGCCUCUUAAUAAAUUUGAGCAUGCUGGCAUAACCUAA